GUCACAUCACUCCCCGCCCCCGGUCUCCUUUCCCUCCUCCAUCACACGAGAAAAAGCAGAGCCACUACUCCACUCGCUCGACGGCUGAUUGCCUGCCUGCCUCCCCUCACCCCUGCUUCUCCUUCUCCCUCCUUCUCACUUUUCUUCCUCUCGGGCGCCUCUCCUCUCCAUCAUUCCUCCCACUGCUCCGCUCCCCCAUUCCAAUGGCCUCCAACCUCUUCCUCCUCCUCUUCUUCCUCGUCGUCUCCUACGCGCCGUUCCUCGCCUUCUCCUCCGAGCCCCUCAACCCUGAAGUGGAGGCGCUGAUCGCCAUCAGGCAGGGGCUGGUCGACCCGCACGGCGUGCUGAACAACUGGGACGAGGACUCCGUCGACCCCUGCAGCUGGGCCAUGGUCACCUGCUCCGCCCACAACCUCGUCAUCGGCCUGGGAGCGCCCAGCCAGGGAUUGUCGGGGACCCUGUCCGGCAGGAUCGCCAACCUCACCAAUCUUGAACAAGUGCUGCUGCAGAACAACAACAUCACCGGCCGGCUGCCGCCGGAGCUGGGCGCGCUGCCGAGGCUGCAGACGCUCGACCUCUCCAACAACCGCUUCUCCGGCCGCGUCCCCGACACGCUCGGCCGCCUCUCCACCCUCCGAUACCUGAGGCUAAACAACAACAGCUUGUCCGGGGCGUUCCCGUCGUCGCUGGCCAAGAUCCCACAGCUCUCCUUCCUGGACUUGUCCUACAACAACCUCACUGGCCCUGUUCCUCACUUCCCCACAAGAACAUUCAACGUCGUGGGCAAUCCAAUGAUAUGCGGGAGCAGCAGCGGCAGCCAUGCGGGGAACGCGAACGCAGCGGAGUGCGCCACCGUGGUCGCCCCGGUCACCGUGCCAUUCCCGCUGGACUCCACUCCGAGCAGCAGCAGCAGGGCGGCAGCGGCAGCGGUGGGGAGGUCAAAGGGUGGAGGAGGCGCCGCGCGGUUGCCGAUCGGAGUAGGGACAAGCCUUGGCGCCUCCGCGCUUGUGCUCCUCGCCGUCUCCUGCUUUCUCUGGAGGCGCAGGCGCCGGCACCGCUGCCUCCUCUCGGGCCCCUCCUCCGUCCUCGGCAUCCUCGAGAAGGGGAGAGACGUGGAGGAUGGGGGAGGAGGGGAGGUGAUGGCGAGGCUGGGGAACGUGAGGCAGUUCGGGCUGAGGGAGCUGCACGCGGCGACGGACGGGUUCAGCGCGAGGAACAUACUGGGGAAAGGAGGGUUCGGGGACGUGUACCGGGGGAGGCUCUCCGACGGCACGGUCGUGGCGGUGAAGCGGCUCAAGGACCCGACCGCGUCCGGGGAGGCGCAGUUCCGGACGGAGGUGGAGAUGAUCAGCCUCGCCGUGCACCGCCACCUCCUCCGCCUCGUCGGCUUCUGCGCCGCGGCCUCCGGCGAGCGCCUCCUCGUCUACCCCUACAUGCCCAACGGCAGCGUCGCCUCCCGCCUUCGAGGGAAGCCGCCGCUGGACUGGCAGACGAGGAAGCGGAUCGCGGUGGGGACGGCGAGGGGAUUGCUGUACCUGCACGAGCAGUGCGACCCAAAGAUCAUCCACCGCGACGUGAAGGCCGCGAACGUGCUGCUGGACGAGUGCCACGAGGCCGUCGUCGGCGACUUCGGGCUCGCCAAGCUGCUCGACCACGGCGACUCCCACGUCACCACGGCGGUGCGCGGCACGGUGGGGCACAUCGCGCCGGAGUACCUCUCCACGGGGCAGUCGUCGGAGAAGACCGACGUGUUCGGCUUCGGCAUCCUGCUGCUCGAGCUCGUCACCGGCCAGCGCGCGCUCGAGGUCGGCAAGGGCUCCGGCGUCAUCCAGCACCAGAAGGGCGUCAUGCUCGAUUGGGUGAGGAAGGUGCACCAAGAGAAGCUGCAUGACUUGCUAGUGGACCAAGAUUUGGGGCCUCACUACGACAGGAUAGAGGUGGCGGAGAUGGUGCAGGUGGCGCUGCUCUGCACCCAGUUCCAGCCGUCUCACCGGCCGAGGAUGUCGGAGGUGGUCCGGAUGCUGGAGGGAGACGGGCUCGCCGAGAAAUGGGAGGCCAACCACCGGCCGGCGGCGAUGGCGGCGGCGGCGGCGCCCCAUGAGCUCGGCUACGACCACCGCAACGACUCCAACGGCUCCGUCUUCUUCAACGACUUCCACGACAACGACAGCAGCCUUAGCAGCGACGAGGUGCGGUCCAUCGACAUGGUAGAGGAGAUGGAGCUGUCAGGGCCAAGGUAGCAGCAGAAUGCAGCAGAGCAUUCAGAGCACUGAAAAAGAAAUUCAGAGAAUCAGAUAUUCAGGGAGAGUACUUCAGGAAAAAAAGAGAAGAAAAAUAUAUUACAGAGGGAAGGGAUUGGAUUUGUUGCUAGCUGGAGUAGUACGAGUAGUUUCAAAGUGAUUGAGAUGCUUUUUAGUUUUAGACCACAGUGUGUAGUUUCUGUCUGAUCAAAGAGAGGCCCUUUCCCCGAGAAAGAUGUAAAGAAAAAGGGGCUCCUCCUCUCCGGUUUCUCUUUUGCUUCUUUUCACAGGCUUCUUUAUCUUUUGCUGCUGCUGCUUUCUUUUCUCUCUUUCUUUUGUUGAUUUGGGGACGGACAUGGCACAUGCAGCGCUGCAGAAGACCUUUGGUUUGCAUUCUGGCCCUGAUCUCGAGCAAACUUUUGCAGUACACCCCUGUUCAUAUAUGUAUGGGCUUCUUCUGAAUUCUGAACUCCUUAUCUGUAUCACUGUAUGUAAGGGGAGGGAUGUUGAUAGAGCCUUGAGAGAGACAUGGAGUCAUUUUGACUGCUUUGUGACCUGUAAAGAUAAUCACUCCAUUUCUUUUUGUAUGUGCAACAGUAAA